AGGGAUAGGAACGGAUUUAUCAGUGACUCGAAAGCCAAGAUAUAUGUAUUUUAUUGGGAGCGCAAAUUAAAUGUAACAAAACGCUUUGUUUUGCGCUAUUGCGCUUCGUAUUUUCGGAAACCGGGUGUCGUGAAAAGUAAAAUUUGAUCUAAAUUAAGCACAAAUAAUGUUUUAUUAUCUAACGUCGGGUACUCAGCAUUUUCCGGGAGAAUUCGAAAAGUCAUUUAAUUCAAAAUAAAAAAUGUUUCACUAUUCCAAAAAUGAAGAUUGUUGCAAGCGGAAAAUCCCCUGUAUGAUGCAGUCGGCACCAAUAAUAAAACGGUGCAAUAACGCUGUCUUCGCGUUCUGAAUAUUUAAGCUGGGAUUACGGUGUUUGAUGUCUGCUGCAAACGCGUUCGGGCUCUUUGCGAGAAAACACAAGUAUGAUCACGCGAGACAGAUUUCGUCGCGAGAGAAUAACGCCCAUCCCUGAUUUGUCAAAUUAUAAAUUCGAAACACAAAAAUUGACGCACGGCGCCGAAAAGGCGGAAACCGAGUUCGAGAUUCGAAUUGUCGGGAUUCGGUAUGCUAUAUCGUCCAUCGUCCACUUUGAUAACUUAUGGUACCGACGCAGAGAUGACUGGCAGAUGAUGCCAUGACCCCGUACUUUAUCCUAAUGCCUCAGUAUAUCUUUUCAUAUAUUCCAACCAAUAAAACCAUUCCUAAUUCGCAAAUAAAAUCAAACGGAAAUCCCCUUCUGUAAGCUUCAAAAUAUAGAAAACUGAUGACGUAGUAACGCAUCACUCAUGCGUAGCGUAAACGUACGUGAGCAAACUAUAUUCAGUAAAGUAUGCAAUUAAUUUAAGUAAAUCAAUGAACCGUAUAACUCUCGUUCAUUCAGCUGAUAUGGAUUUUCAGCACUGGCUGCGCAAAUGAAAGUGCACAAUAUGAUUCUCUUCUUGUUAGUUGGAAUUAUGGCCCGUGGCGGGUCACCGGAAAAAACACGGUGGGCCACUUUUUCAGUGUCGGGUCAGUGGUUCUCCUGUCUUUAAGCUCUAGCGUUUUGGAAUGUAAAUUGGCAUAGAUACAAAUGUAUCUAUUGCUUUGAAACUUCUAUACCUGAAUAGGUACUUUUCCAAAGUUUGCUUUAAAACCAUUUUCAACUUUAGUAAAGAUAUGUACUCUCACACAAGCUACAUCAGAAGAUACGGCAUCACCAUCAUUCAUAGAUUGAUAAAAUGUUUUACCUUCAAGCUAAAAAUAGAAGAAAUAGAGAGAUCUAAAUAAACCUCAAUUUUUUUUUCAAUAAAGCUAAAUUUGUGAUAUUUUUAUUAGCUCGUCAUUUGUGUAUCGUUAGUUGCUUCAUAUUAUCUUUGUUGUGUCGGAGAAAUCUAUUACAUGUAAAUUCCUUUAUAUGUUUUUUGUCAGAGUAUCAUAUAGGCUACAUGUACUGUAGGCUACUUGAAACUUUCAACCUAAUAUUGCCAAUGCCCAACGCUCAAAUUUCCCAUUAUUCAAUUUUUAGUUUCAAUGAAACAAAUUGUAUGUACAUUCAACGUUGUUUAUUAAUUUUUCAACCGUACAUCCAUUGCCGAUUGACUCAAACUCUUAAGCUAUCUGGGCCCUAAUAACGCAAUACUCACUUUUUCCAAUUCUAUAUCGUUUCUCCCCGGUGGAUACAUUUAGUUUUCGUGUCCAUAUAUUUGAACAUCGCUCUCUUGUUUGAAUUCAAAGGUUAUUUCUUGAGUGGGUAUGUUUUCUACGGUAAGCUAUGUCGAGUAAUCGGAAUCGAAAAUUUAGGAAUCGGAUAAGAAUCGAAUACUUGUAAGUAGUGAUACUUAGCAUCCUUACUUUUGAAUGGAGUUAUGAAGUGACAUAUCAGAUCCCAAACGGCAAGAGGCCGCACGCUAUUACCAGGCAGAAUGUAUGGGAAUUGUUUCGGGGCUAACAUUUCGGUCAAGAAUUUAAUGUAAAUUUCAGUUUUUAUUCGAGGGUCGUUUUCAUGAAUUUCCUAUUGGUUACGAUAAUAUUGCGACAGAAAUACCUGUUAACAAAACCUGUUAACGGCAGAAAAGCGCAAUUUUCAAAUUUGAUGACGUAAUCACACAAAAACUUCGAAGCGAAAAAUGAAUCCCAUAGAGCCCACAGAUAUUUUUGAAAUAAAUGAAGGUAAUAGCUCUCUACUACAACAACAAGCUUCAACCAUUUAAAUUUGGUCAAAGCAAUAGGUUCAGUAGUUGAAGACAAAGGCGAUUUUUUCAAAACAACAACAUAAUUAAACAUUCAUAGGUACAUUUCGUAUCCAAUAAAAAAGCCUUUGAUAUUUUGUACUAGUUUGCCUAGAUGGCAUGACACUGCAUCGAUCUCAUGCAUUGAUAACUACAUCAUUGCAGCAGAAUAACAGUUUACCUUGAAUUUGAACACUGCCUAACUGUCAAAAUUGAUAUAACCCGGGUCCCAGGUUGAUAUCGUGUUGUAAAUGACGGCUUCACGAUAAGAGUUUCUAUUAUUAUCUACAAAGAAAAUAAACGUAGUGCUCUGCUAAUUCCUGAUUAUGCAUACUCGGUAUGUAUGAAGGUAUUCACGCAUACGUUAUGAUUUUGACUCAGGGUCAGAUAAUUUAUUGAAGUACUGGCAGUAUAUUAAGUUAACGACUAGUUUUUUUAGUCAAAACAUGUAAUCAUGCACUAAAAUGUCACAUUUAUAUGUAUGCAAUUAUUACCAGUUUUGAAUACCAAACAUUUCAUCUUUAUUUUCAUUUUUAUUGGAAACUGUCUAUACUCCUACUUCGCGGUUGUUUAAUUAGCAGGCUUAGUGUGGAACAACUUAGGCUGUAAAUAAUUUCGCACUCGCUCAUUUUGUCACCUAACAUGCCGUUUCAUAAGCCAAAACCUGUGGCGUUCAAUAUUUUGGUUGCUGGUGAGGAAGAAAAAGCUCGUCACAUUUUGAUGAGUGAAUUAAGACUACUGGGAUCCCGUUCGGAAAAGAUAAGAGACGACUUGAUUUUAGAAUCAGUUAUUCUGGAAGUAACUAUCAAGCGAUAUAAAAUCAAGCUCCAAUUCUGGAACGCUCUACUUGUCGACGGAGAGAAAAAUGUCGCCAAAAUCUUCAGUCGCCGAGCUGACCUUAUUAUCAUGUUAUGUUCAUCAGUAAGUCAGGACGUCGUACGCAUAAAGGUCGAUACAAACGAAGUGCCUAAAGUUCUUUGUUUCGCGCCCAUGCUUUCAUCGCCAGUGAAUGAAGUUUUAAGAAAGGCAUUGAUCUCUGAAUGCAAUGCGUUCGUUGUUCUGGAUUGGGUUACUGGUUCGCGAAUUCAAAAUAUUUCAGAUCUCAUCAAAAUCGUAAAGCGAUGCAUUGAAUUAAGUGAGAAACGCCUAUUUAAUUCGUUAAAAGAGGAACUGGAUCGCGUCGAUUUGCUAUCAGACAAGACGAAUUUGCAGAACUCUACUCUUUGUUACGAGAGGAACAGCAUUGCGACAAAUAUGCAGCAGAAGAAUGUUCAUGAUGAUGUUGUUGCAUGCAGAUAUGCAGAGUCCAUGGAAAUACGUGAUGCACCCCCUUCAAAAAAGGUGGAUGAUUUGGGGAAUUGUUUGUAUUGUAGUGUUUUUGGCAAUGUACAACACUGGAUUGUAGUGUCUUUUCCGUAAAACGUGCAACUUUUGGAAGUGGGAACAAGGCAAUAUUUGUUACUAAAUUUGUACAUUUUAAAAUCAUUUUCAGGUAGUUACCUGAUGUGCGCUACGAAACUCACUUUCUAGGCGUUUUUCAGGGCGUCGGCUCGCGGUUUACUCUGUUUUUACUCUGCUUUGUAGAUAUGUUCUGGAUAAUUUUUCAGCUGAGUUGUCUGUUCUAAGGCCGCUACUGUUUCUUUUUUCACUUGUGAUUGUACAUUCAUGUUUUUUCUAAAUACAAUAACUUUGACAACUAAUUGGAUAAAUUAACCCUGUUUUCUAUAUCUUGCAUUUAUGUUAACAUUUAUAUUCUCAUUGGUCAAGGGCAAGGCUAUGGCUAAUAAUAAACCCCAAGGGUGGAAUACAUCAACCCCGAUUAAAGUGAUCAUUGUUUGAUUCUUGGUUUCGCCAACGGCGAUCAGCCUUAAUCUUAGAUCAAAUUGCAGAUGUUAGCGCCAUAUUCUGAACUCCUCAAGAAGGUGAUUGAGAUUUUAGAAGACCGCACAUCGACCUUGGGCCAAAUUUUAUAUUCUUUCUUAAAAGUUUCAUGUGGCUGUUUGUACAUUGAGUAUAAAUUGGGCCUUAGAAUUCUUACAUGGAAAUUGCUUAAUUUAAUUUUUCUCAUCAAAUAAAAUGAUCGCUCGAUUUAAUGUUGCAUAUGACAAUAGAUAAAAAUUUAAUCGCUGCAAUUGUACAGAAGCACUGCUGAAUGAUAUGGUGAAAUAUUUUUUAUAAUUACUGUAUAUCAACUGAAUUUCCCCGACUUAAUUUUUUACUUUCUCUCCCAAAUCAUAUAUAAUGAUUCAUAUCAACUUUGUUGGGUAAUUAUUGAAUGGAUAAGUUUCUCUUUGUGUUUAUUGCUUUCAUUUAUUUCAAUUUUUAAUAUUGACUCGUUUUUAAUCUUGGUGUCGCAGACUUAUGAUGACCAUUUCUGGUCCUUCGCAACUUCCAGACAAUUACAAUGAAAUCCGUUAGUGUAGCGCAUAAUUAUUUUUUUCCUAUUUUGAAUUGAAUUGUGAUUUCUUGC